AUGUCCGCUCCGGAGAAGCCGCUGGUGUCGGAGGAGGAGAUGGCGAACGCGCGGCUGAGCCUGGGCGCGCGCGAUCUGUGCGCGCAUCUGCUGAUUCCGCUGAACCGGUGCCGCACGGAGACGAUGUUCGCGCCGUGGAAGUGCAGCGACGAGCGGCACUCGUACGAAAAUGGCAUGCAGGUUCAAGCCAUUCCUCCAUCCUCCAGGUCAAGGGCAUAG